AUGGUUUUCUUUACCAUGUACCUACUGACCAUUCUGGGAAAUCUGGCCAUCUUGUUCUGUAUUGUGUAUGACCAACACCUCCACUUGCCUAUGUACUACUUCCUAAGUAACCUGUCACUGGUUGACAUCUGCUUAACUUCCAGCACCAUUUCUACACUCCUAUCUUCUCUGUUCUUCAACCAUCUAUUGGUGAGCUUUCCUUCUUGCAUAGCACAAAUGUAUUGCUUUGUCUCCUUUGGAAACCUGGAAAACAACCUCUUGGCUGUUAUGGCGUAUGACCGUUAUGUAGCAAUUUGCAGCCCAUUACAGUACUAUAUGAAGAUGAAACAUAGAUUGUGCAUAGCACUGGUAUUCCUUUCAUGGGUAGCAGCCUGCUUACACUCCUUGCUGCAUACCCUCAUGGUGGCCACUCUGGAAUACACAGGGGUAAAGCAGGUUAAUCACUUUUUCUGUGAAAUAUCUCAAGUCCUGGCAAUCUCUGAUUCAGAUACUUCUGUUAACUUCUUGCUUAUUUUCACUGAGGGAGCUGUAUCUGUGGGCGCCCCUUUUAUUUGCAUUAUUAUGUCCUAUUUCUGCAUAGUUCGGACCAUUGUCCAAAUGCAUUCUGCAGAUGGAAGGAGCAAAGCCUUCUCAACUUGUUCAUCUCAUCUAACUGCUGUUUGCCUCUUCUAUGGGACCAUUGCUGCUGUGUACUUCUUACCCUCAACAACUGCUUCUCUGUUGAAUGGGAGAUUGGCAACUAUAGGCCACACUCUGCUCACACCAUUGUUAAACCCUUUCAUUUAUGGCCUGAGAAAUAAGGCUAUAAAAACUGUGUUUAGAAAGCUAUUUUUGGGCAAGCUUAGACAUAUGUUUAUAAGAAUAAAUGAUUACAAUUAA